AGUCAUAGAGAGUUGUGUGACCGGAAACCGGUAAAUAUUUACACCUAGUAUAAUAAAUAUAACAUUUUGUUUUUAUUAAACAGAAUAACCGUAAGAGUUAUCACCAUUGAUCGACCACCUUGGAGAUGGCCACGGAAGAUGAGCCGGACUUGCUCAAGAUAUUUUGGGACCAUUUUUUUAAAGCUGAGACUGGUACAUAUGAGAAAUCCACAUGGCUCGACUUGUUCCUAGCGGAGUUUCUGAUCAGAAUCAAUUGUGGCGCUGAUCCAAAGGAGUUGAUCAAAUUCUGUCCGGUAAGCGGAGUGGUUACGCUGGUGGGUUGCGAGCUGCUAUGCGGGCUGCACCGUGUGACGUCAUCAGUGAGCCACCUCGCCACACCGCUCCCGAUGCCGACGCUGGACACGCCCGCGCCACUAGACACGCCCCCUACUGAGACACCAGGUAAUAACUCGUGAAGGUGACACGUUGAUUAUCUGCGAUUGCAGUAAAGUAAAUAAACCUAUACAGGGCUAUUUUUAAAACACCAACAACUCGCAGCAUUAAAUAGCCAACAUUAUAAACAACAACAUAAGUUCUAAAAAUGUUAAUAAUUCGUUACAUUUUAAUUUCGUACAAAAAAAGGUAAUAUUAUUUUUUGACUGCAUGAAUGUUAAUAAAUUUCUUUGUUCUUUCGUUUGUGAAUAAAAACUUGAAUACCGAUUUUGUUCAAAGUAUCUGUAUAACUUAAUUAACUUGUAGAUCAAAUGUUAAUGAAGUAAGCCGUCUCGUCGUGCGAGGUUGCUGGUGUUUUACAAAUGACCCUGUAUAUUAUCGUAGCAUACUAUGAUAUAACUAGUGAAUCUAAUGAUGAUAG